CAAAGUUUAGGUUAAAGUCUGGAUAGCAUAUAGCAUUUGUUGGGUCAUUUGCAUCUGCGAUGAGCGAAAAGGAAGAAGAGAACGGAGUGACGGAAGAGGCGACUCAAAUGGCCGUGGAAUCUGAAGAAGUCCAACAGCAACAACAUCAAGAGAGUGAGAUGGUCAAGAAACCAGAUAAGAUGAAUAUCUCCUUAAGCAUUUGGCCUCCAACCCAGCGCACCCGAGAAGCUAUCAUCAGCCGCUUGGUAGAAACCCUAUCUGCCCCUUCUAUGCUCUCCAAGCGCUACGGCUGCGUACCCGCUGAGGAAGCCGCUUCCAUUGCUCGUUCCAUUGAAGAAGAUGCCUUCUCCACCGCCGUGGCCGCCCAUUCCUCCACCCCUAAAACUGCCGAUGACGAUGGGGUUGAGAUUCUUCAAGUAUACUCCAAAGACAUCAGCAAGAGAAUGCUCGAAGCCGUGAAAUGCAGAGCCACCGCUGCUUCUCCCAACGAAAACCCUUCGCAGGGUCCGGCCGCUACCCCCGCAACCAGUGAGGAAAUUUCACCUGCCAAAAUCGAAUCUUCGUAAAUCUUAUUGGUUCUUUUAUGUGUUAGGCUUUAUUGAUAUUGGAGUCAUGGUAUUGAACUGAUGUUAUGUUGAGAUCUCUUUGUAUAAGUAAUGGAUCUCUUUGGCUUUUUAUAUUUUGCUACAGUUAAUAGAUUGUGUGGACCUUUUAGUUCA